CAGAAGCUGCUCGAUCCCCGCAAUCUAGGUUGCCGAGAACGUGUGCUCGUUGUUCUUUUUGGUCGAUUUCAACUCACACACGCCACUUCGAAUGCUUGAUUGAGUGAGCGAUGGUGUCGCUACGUACUGGAGCUUAAUUAAUAAAACACGAUCGAUCGUCGAGAACCGGGUCUCCAUCGUGUUUCAGCCGAUUCUUAACCGCUCCACCAAACAAUCUAGAUCGCGCGGGCACCAGCUGUUUUUGUUGUUCUACCUUUUUUUUGUUUUUUGCUCAUUUCGGUCGCUUCAUAGCGGCCCUAGCGUCAAGUGUCAACGUGCGGCACAGACAGCGUUGCGUCGUCGUUUACGAUAUCGGCGCACAAGAUCGACGUGCUGUGUGUGCUUGUCGAGCACGGUUAGCCCUCAGUCCGAUCGCAAACGCGGUCGCAAUUUAUUCUUCCACCAGACACGCACCGUGCGCCCAGCAAGCCACCGACCAGCAGUUGUGUUUUGCGCGCUUUAAACCAUAGCCGAAAAUCUGGACAGUUUUGUGAGGACGCCGGAGAACACCCACGGGGCAGCUGUGUUGUCUAAUGGAUUUUUAAUAUGGUCACGGCAGGGCAGGGCAAGACAUGCGAAAACGUUCAGUGACUUGGCGAAUGCGAAGACAGGAUGUGAUUCGAAAUGACAGUUGCAGGUGGGUUCACCCGGAGAUGAUGAUCGGGUUUGGUGCAAAGUUGUCUUGUCAGCUUUAAAAGAAGUGCAUCGUACGGUAGAUUGUGACAGUGACAGUGCAUCAAACCCAGUGCAACGGACGGGUUGAAGUUACAACUUCUCAAAAGUGCAAUUGUGAUAUUUCUUCUCAAUUCAGUUACUCUAAACAAACAAUUAAAAGCAAGUGUCAAAGCCAACCCUCUUUCAUGGCGAUAGUUCUAGCAGAAAUCGUACUUGCCAUAAUUAACGAUAAGUAAUUAGCGUUCUCUGCGUUCGAUUUGCGGCGUGACACAAUCGUUAUAAGAAGAAAAAAGAACCAGAAAGAUCAUCAUCAAUUCAUCAGCAGCAACAUGGUUUACCUCUUCGCACGCACACAAUCGGCUGCACUGUGGACGUUACUCUUGCUACAGAAUCUCGUCACAAUCAAAACCUUCGAAGUGUAUUGGAACAUACCCACCUUUAUGUGCAAUCAGUUUGGUUUCGACUUUGGUGGUGUCAACCGAACAUAUUCCGUUGUGCAGAACAAAAACGAUACCUUCCGAGGUAAUGCCGUCUCGAUACUGUACGAUCCGGGAAAGUUUCCAGCGCUACUUGAGAAACCGUCGACUAAAACGCUGUACAAACGUAAUGGUGGCGUACCGCAGGAAGGAAACCUAACCGAACAUCUGGAGAUAUUCGAACGCCACCUGAACGAACUGGUACCGGACCGUAAUUUCAGUGGUAUUGGCAUCAUUGACUUCGAGUCUUGGCGACCCAUCUACAGGCAGAAUUUUGGUUCGCUACAACCGUACAAAGAUCUGUCGGUGAAGAUCGAAAAAGAACGCCAUCCGUACUGGUCGGCGGGCCAUCUCGAGCGGGAGGCAACGCGACGCUUCGAAGCAACAGGGCGCGAGUUUAUGGAGCAAACACUACUACUCGCCAGGCAGCAGCGACCCCUGGCGGCUUGGGGUUACUAUGCAUUUCCGUACUGCUUCAAUAUGAACGGUGGAGCAAACGGUCGUUCGGAAAACUGCUCACCGGAAGUGCAGCGAGAAAACAACCGGAUUAUGUGGCUGUACGAUGGCUCUGACAUUAUCUUCCCAUCCGUCUAUCUACGUGAAAAACUAUCUCCAGGUGAACGAGAGCAACUCAUUAGAGGACGAGUACGGGAAGCCGUUCGAGUAGCGCAACGUACCAUUGCAUCAAAACCACGGCGUAAGGUUUUAACCUAUCUGCGCUACGUGUACACCGAUACGAUACAGUACCUGACAGAGAGUGAUUGGAUAAAUGCACUGACAGCUAUGAAGAGCACCGGAUCCGAUGGCAUUAUUCUAUGGGGUAGUUCGUUCGAUCUAAACACACGACAAAAAUGUACCUCGUUCAAAGCAUACCUUGAUAGUACGCUUGGACCUGUACUAAGUUCUCUACAGCCCCGCUAUGUAGUGGAAAAUCUUGCGGAAACGUCUACCUAAACAAAUCAAACCAGCGACAGUCGUUACAUUUUAAGGAUAGAAACAUCUAAAUAGCUUUACCCAAAUUAUAUAAACCAACCGACCAGACAACGCCACGUUCUGCAGGAGCUCCUUUCUUAAGUUCUUUUUAUAUUUUAAUGUUAGCAUCCUAUUGAAUACAUAAUGAAUGUUUAACAAAAUCUUCCAA